GUCUUCCACUUUCACCACUAUAUAAAUAGAUACAAGGGAUUUUCUCGCAACUGCGACUCGGAGCUCGUUGUUGUCUUGUUUCCCUCAAUAGCACAAAAUUUCUUUCUGCUUUCCCUCUUUUUAGCGUAUCAAAUUCCAAUCAGAGAAGAAGAAGAAGACAUGGGGGGAGGCAAUGGACAGAAGGCGAAGAUGGCUCGGGAGAGGAACAUGGAGAAGCAAAAGGCCGCCAGAGGAAGUCAACUUGAUUCAAACAAGAAAGCCAUGACCAUCCAGUGUAAGGUGUGUAUGCAGACAUUCAUUUGCACUACUACAGAGGUGAAGUGCAGAGAGCAUGCAGAAGCAAAACAUCCAAAAUCUGAUCUAUAUGCUUGUUUUCCCCAUCUUAAGAAAUGAAAUAGAAUUUGUGGAGAUCCAAAAGUUCUCUCCCUGUCUUGGAUAUUAUUGCUAUGUUUGUGGAAUACCAGUUCUUUAUGAUUUUCUUUGCAUAAAUUACUUCUCUUUGUUUUUGACGA